AUCUCUCUCUCUCUUACUUGUUUCAACAAUGGCUGUUCAGAUUCCUUGCGACGGAGACGGUGUUUGUAUGCGGUGCAAAGCCACACCACCGGAGGAAGAGACGCUGACUUGCAGCACGUGCGUCGCUUCUUGGCACGUGGCUUGUCUCCUCCCUGAAUCGCUCGUUUCGUCGACCGGAAAUUGGGAGUGUCCCGAUUGCUCCGGCGUUGUCGCUGUCGAUUCCGCCGUUCCUGUUGCUGUUUCCGGUGGUUCCGGUCUUGUGGCGGCGAUCCGUGCGAUUGAGGCUGAUGUGACUUUGACUGAAGCUGAAAAAGCGAAGAAGAGGCAGAGACUCAUGAGUGGUGGUGGUGAUGAUCGUGUUGAUGAAGAGGAGGAGAAGAAUAAGAAGAAGAUUCUCGAUGUUUCUUGCUCAAUUUGCAUUCAGCUUCCGGAGAGACCUGUCACGACACCGUGUGGGCACAAUUUCUGCUUGAAAUGUUUUCAGAGAUGGGUAGCUCAAGGGAACCUGACGUGCAUGACAUGCCGCGGCAGAAUCCCGAAAGCUGUGGCGAAAAAUCCUCGCAUCAACUUAACUCUGGUCUCUGCUAUUCGUUUAGCUAGGGUUUCCGAUUGUGCUGUUGAAGCAGCUACGGUUAAGGUUCAGCAUUUCAUCCGCAACCAAGACAGGCCUGACAAAGCGUUUACUACCGAGAGGGCCAAGAAGACUGGGAAAGCGAAUGCUGCAAGUGGGAAGAUCUAUGUGACAACACCUGGUGAUUAUUUUGGUCCCAUAACAUCAGACUAUGAUCCAACUAGAAAGAGAGGUGUUGUGGUGGGAGACUCGUGGGAUGACAGGCAAGACUGUAGGCAAUGGGGAGCUCAUUUGCCGCAUAUUGCGGGCAUUGCUGGGCAAGCCCUUGUUGGAUCUCAGUCAGUUGCUCUCUCUGGAGGCUACUUGGACGACGAGGACCAUGGUGAAUGGUUCCUCUACACUGGCAGUGGUGGAAGGGAUCUCAGUGGAAACAAAAGAACUAAUAAGGUGCAGUCUUUUGACCAGCAGUUUCUCAAAAUGAAUCAAGCUCUAAGACUCAGUUGCCAAAUGGGCUAUCCUAUCCGAGUUGUCAGGUCUCACAAGGAGAAGCGUUCUGCAUAUGCCCCUCUGGAAGGAGUGAGAUAUGAUGGGAUUUACAGGAUUGAGAAAUGCUGGAGAAAAGUUGGAAUACAGGGUUCUUUUAAGAUGUGUCGUUACCUGUUUGUUAGAUGUGACAACGGGGCAGCUCCAUGGACCAGUGAUGAGCAUGGUGAUCGUCCAAGACCUUUGCCGGAUAUCCCUGAGCUUAAGAAAGCCACUGACCUGUUUGUGAGAAAGGAGAAACCAUCAUGGGAUUUCGAUGAAACUGAUGGUCUUUGGAAAUGGAUGAAGACUCCACCUGUUUGUAAAAAGCCUAUUCCUGAUAUGGAUCCUAAGGCGACGAAGAUGAAGAAUGCGAAACGAGGAAAGAAAACAACGAGGAACACACUUCUCAAAGCCUUCAAGUGCCAAAUCUGUAAGAAGAUGAUGAGUCUUCCAGUGACAACUCCAUGUGGUCACAACUUCUGCAAAGGAUGCUUAGAGACUAAAUUUGCUGGGAUAAGUAAAAUGCGAGAGAGAAGCAGAGGCGAGCGUACACUACGUGCGAUGAAGAACGUCAUGCCCUGUCCUCAAUGCUCUAUUGACCUCUCUGAGUUUCUCCAGAACCCACAGGUGAACAGACAACUGAUGGGUAUGAUUGAGAAUGUGAAGAAAGAAGAGGAAGAGUCUCAACAAGGAGAGUCUUCUGGAGGAAACACAGAGUCUGAAGAAGAAGACGCUGACGCUGAAGCAGAAGCAGAAGCAGAAGCUGAAGCAAAAGCUAGAGAAGAAGCUGAAGCUGAAAACUAUUUCGUCAAAUUUGAGGUUAACUCGUAG